CUCACUUAGUGUGCGUGUUGAGGGGCCCUGGGAGCUGGGACUGGGCCCGGGAGCCUUGUUAAGGAUCCACGUGGGCCAUAACUGCCUUUCCCUGGAGACCACAUCACCCAUGGACUGGGGACUUCUGACUUUCAGGGACUAUUAGUGUCUUCUCCAAAAGGGAUUUGCACUGGAGUCAGGAGCCCAUACGACAAAGCUUUUCUCCAAUCUCUGCUUUCCCAGCCUGGAACUGAACAAAAGCCAGAGUGAGGAAUGCGUGUUACCUGGGAUUAGCACAUCACGGAAGCAGAAGGAUUAAGGGAAGAGAGAGAAGAAAGUGCCUGACAGACCACAACUGGCAUCUCUGGCUUCAUGGCAGGGAAGAACCUCACCCUGGUGACGGAAUUCCUCCUGGUCGCAUUCACUGACUGUCCUGAGCGGGCACGGCCUCUCUUCCUCCUGUUUCUGUUUAUCUAUGUCGUGACCCUGUCGGGGAACCUGGGCAUGAUCGUCCUGAUCCGCGUGGAUCGCCGGCUGCACACCCCCAUGUACUUCCUUCUGAGUCACCUGUCGCUCGUGGACACGUGUUUCUCGUCUGUCACGGUGCCUCAGCUGCUGGCCGUGCUGCUGGAGCGCGGGGCAGCCCUCGUCUACACACGCUGCGCAGCCCAGUUCUUCCUCUUCACCCUCUUCGGCUCAGCUGACUGCUACCUCCUGGCCCUCAUGGCCUACGACCGCUGCGUGGCCGUGUGCCGACCCCUGCUCUAUGUCACUGUCAUGACGCAGAAGACCCGCUGGGCCUUUGUGGGUGGGGCUUACGGCGCGGGGCUCUUCAGCGCCACCGUGCGGACGGUCUCCACUUUCACGCUCUCCUUUUGCGGAACCAAUGAGAUCGACUUCAUGUUCUGUGACCUCCCGCCUCUCUUAAAGAUGACCUGCGGGGACAGCUACACUCAGGAAGUGGUAAUUAUCGUGUUUGCCGUUUUUGUCAUCCCUGCCUGCCUGGUGAUGAUUCUGGUGUCCUACCUGCUUAUCAUCGUGGCCAUUGUGAAGAUCCCCUCAGCUGGAGGCAGGGCCAAGACCUUCUCCACAUGCGCCUCUCACCUCACCUCCGUGUCCCUCUUCUUUGGGACCCUCAUCUUCAUGUAUCUGAGAGGGAACUCGGGCCGGUCCUCUAAGGAGGAUAGGGUGGUGUCUGUGUUUUACACGGCAGUGAUCCCCAUGUUGAACCCCUUCAUCUACAGCCUGAGGAACAAGGAGGUGAAGGAGGCUGUGAGAAAGAUUCUCAACAGAGACAGGUCGUCCUCGUCCAACCUUGGAAAGUCCUGAGAACCACCUCCUCUGCAGUGCCAGCAUUCUGGGAACUCGUUAUUUGAAGCACGCCCGAGGUUGAAGUGAAUAUGUCAUGGGACAAGGUGUAAACAAGAACCAGAGCUUUCAGUUCCAGGGAGAGAAAGGAACGAAAGGAAGAGGGAGCCUGAGAAGAGACUGGAGAGAGAGCUCUAACUCCCAGGACAGGAGACAAAAGAAUCUGAGGUUGAAUCUUGUGUAAUUCAGACGUGGCACACCUCACAGGUCUGUGACUACCUUUUUGGUGCAAUUUUCUAUGAAAGAUUUCCAUCAUAUAGAAAUGCUGAAAAUAAUGUAUAGUGAACUCCCUGUACUCAAUACUUAGAUAGUUUUUGCUUUAUCACACACAUAUGAUCUACUUAUUCAUCCUUCUGUUCAUUCACCAAUGCACCUUGUUUCUUUUUUUUUUUUAAUUGAAGUAUAGUCAGUUACAAUGUGUCAAUGUCUGGUGUACAGCACAAUGUCCCAGUCAUGCGUAUACAAACACAUGUUCCUUUUCAUAUUUUUUUCCAUUAAAGGUUAUUACAAGAUAUUGACCAUAGUUUCCUGUGCUAUA